AUGGAAGAGAAGAAGCGGCGUAUAUCGGCUCGUUUCAUGGGUUUCUUCAAUAAGGUGGAAAAGAAAAAACCAGAAGUAGUGGACCAUGCGGAGAACGAUCUCUGGUAUUUGCCUUUUGAGAUUAAAGAUGGUAUGACGCUGGCUCCUAUCCAGAGACGAAGUGUCCUACAACUGAAAGACAAUAUUCUGGUACAACAACCUGAGGUAAUGCAAACGUCGUAUUUGUCUUCGCUGUCAACAAAUCCGAGGAAACUGGUCGGUAUGCCGAGAAACCCAAUGAGAGCGAAACUGUUCCAAUUUCACGACAACUAUCGUCCACCAUACUAUGGGACGUGGCGAACGCGGAGUACUAUGAUUACGGGACGUCGUCCGUUUACUACGAAAGAGGAGAACAUUGACUAUGAAGUGGACUCUGACGCUGAGUGGGAAGAGGAACCAUCAGACGCUGAGGAGUGCAAGUCGGAUGAAGAGGAUGACGCUGGCGGUGAUUCGGACGUGGACUCAGAUCAUGAGGCGUUCUUCGUGGAACCCGGUUACCUAUCCGAUGGUGAAGGUGACGAGGGUGACGACGAUUGCGACGAGGGCCAGACGGCAGAGCUGAACGAGGCACUGCACCACCACGACGCAAAGGACGAAGAGGAGCGCCGCGCGCGUCUCGCGGCGCGUGCUCGCGAAUGGAAGACUCGGGUGCUGGGCCGUAAGCAACCGACCGUGUUGGUGCCGCGGUGCGUGGGCCCCAUCUACUGUGCCGCGCCACAACCGCUCGCCGCACUGCGAGUUGUGCUCUUCUGA